GCGGGCGCGCACGGAAGCGUGUCCCUGGCGUCCUGCCGUCGGGCUGCGAGAUUUGCGGCAUGGCUUUCCGGCAGGCGCUUCAGCUGGCGGCUUGCGGUCUGGCCGGUGGCUCGGCCGCUGUUCUCUUCUCGGCGGUAGCGGUGGGGAAGCCGCGAGGCGGUGGGGAUGCCGACACGCGCGCCGCCGAGCCGCCGGCCUGGACAGCCGCGCGUCCGGGUCCCGGCGUCUGGGACUCCAACUGGGACAGGCGAGAGCCACUGUCCCUCAUUAACCUGAAGAAAAGGAACGUGGAAUCGGGAGAAGAAGAACUGGCAUCCAGGCUGGACCACUACAAGGCAAAAGCUACAAGGCACAUAUUCCUCAUCCGGCAUUCCCAGUACAAUGUGGAUGGCUCCCUGGAAAAGGACCGCACUCUGACCCCGUUAGGUCGGGAACAGGCUGAACUCACGGGGCUCCGACUUGCAAGCCUGGGAUUAAAGUUUAAUAAAAUUGUCCAUUCCUCCAUGACCCGUGCAGUAGAGACCACAGACAUCAUUAGUAAGCACUUGCCAGGAGUCUCCAGAGUCAGCACAGACCUGCUGCGGGAAGGUGCCCCUAUUGAACCGGACCCACCUGUCUCUCACUGGAAGCCAGAGGCUGUGCAGUAUUAUGAAGACGGAGCUCGGAUUGAGGCUGCCUUCAGGAAUUACAUCCACCGAGCUGAUGCCAAGCAGGAGGAGGACAGCUAUGAGAUCUUCAUAUGCCACGCCAAUGUCAUCCGCUAUAUCGUUUGCAGAGCACUGCAGUUUCCCCCGGAAGGUUGGCUCCGCCUGUCCCUCAACAAUGGCAGUAUCACUCACUUGGUGAUCCGACCCAAUGGCCGUGUCGCACUCAGGACCCUUGGGGACACAGGGUUCAUGCCCCCAGACAAGAUUACCCGUUCCUGAGGCCGACUGCAGGGCUGCACCCUCUCCUCUGCGGGUGGCCUGGCUGCAGCCUUCCCUUCCUCAUCUUCCCUGUGGCUUCACGUUGUCUCCUGGAAGAAGGUGUCUCAAAUGGUGCAUCUGGGUGCUUCUCUCUGGCCCAGGCUGAGGAAGGCAGUGAGUGGGUUAGACGGCCUUUCUGAAAGCUUCUACUUGACCACUAUCACAGCCCUGUGAGGUGUGACAGGAACCUUCGCAGACAGAAGGCAGGUUUGUCACGGGUACUGAACUGGUCUGGCUGUGCUGUAUCAGGCGAUUACAGCAAUCGACUGAACAACUCAUAAACCUCUGGCAGAAAUCUGCCGGGUAGUAGGGUGGUUGUUUACACUUGAUGAUUUCAUAUACUCCAAUCUAGGAACUUUUGUUGUUUAAAUAUUUAUCAAA